UAUUUAUAAUUAUCCAUUUUUUGCCAAGGAUGACACGCCAUUUCUUCGAAAUUUUUGGAUUAUUGUGGCACAACUUUUAAUGUUUAUUUUCUUGGGUGUUAUAUAUUUAUUAAUUACAUUUAUAUAUAAAAUUGUAAUUUAUUCCAAAAUAGAUUCAAAAAUUAAGGAAUUUGUUACUCUGAUUUACACUAAAUUCUCCUUUUUUUGCUCUAUAAUAUAUUUUCUUUUAUUAUUUAUUUUUACUUUAAUUUUUUUCUAUUUAUAUCUUGAAGAUAUUAUUACUACAUGUACUGAAUAUAGAUUUGUUUGGGCAAUUUUUACUUUAUUUAUGUUUGUUGUUAUCCUUAUUGGCUAUUUUCUUCAUUUACGUUCUGCAUGUUUUGUGUAA